UAAAGUAGCUCUGAAGCGAUCAAGCGGUAUGGAUGAAACAGGCCAAGUGGUUUGGCAUUUAGCGCUCUGUCUGCUACUUGCAUGGAUUAUAACUGCUGCUGCAUUGGUUAAAGGUAUCAAAUCUUCUGGAAAGGUGGUGUAUUUUACAGCCCUGUUUCCAUAUGCAGUCCUCAUUAUACUUCUUAUUAGAGGAGUCACACUGGAGGGAGCAAUAGAUGGCAUUGAAUACUUUAUUGGACAACAAUCUGAUAUUUCAAAGCUCAGUAAUGGAGAAGUGUGGAGAGAUGCUGCUACCCAGAUAUUUUAUUCUCUUAACACAGCUUGGGGAGGACUGAUUGCUCUUUCAUCCUACAACAAAUUCCAGAACAACUGUUACUGGGACUCCAUAGUGGUUUCCAUUAUAAACUGCCUGACCAGCAUCCUUGCAGGAUUUGCUAUCUUUUCCAUUCUUGGUCACAUGGCCCUAGUGUCAGGCAAGAAGGUUCCAGAUGUUGUAGAUGAAGGAUUUGGACUGGCAUUCAUUGCUUACCCUGAUGCAUUGGCCAGGCUGCCAGUAUCACCCCUCUGGUCUAUUUUGUUCUUCUGCAUGCUCCUGGCGUUGGGACUUGACUCUCAGUUUGCGCUAAUUGAAACUCUUACGACAACAAUACAAGAUGUUUUUCCACAAGUAAUGAAAAAAUUGAGGAUUCCCUUAACAACUGCGAUAUGCGCAGUGUUAUUUUUAUUGGGGCUUCCGUGUGUUACACAGUCAGGAAUAUAUUGGGUAAACCUCAUUGACUCGUUCUGCGGUGGAUGGGCUCUUCUAUUUGCUGCUGUUUUGGAGCUGGUGGCUGUGAUCUGGAUAUAUGGUGGAAAUAGAGUGAUCCUGGAUAUAGAGAUGAUGCUUGGAAAGAAGCAUUGGAUAUUCUGGCUGUGGUGGAGAACUUGCUGGUACUUUGUAUCCCCAGUAUUACUAGCAGCCAUUUUAGUCUGGUCUUUGGUCACAUAUGAAGCUGCGGCAUAUGGUGGUGGGGUUUACCCAAAAUGGGCAAUUACACUGGGAUUUUUAAUGGUCGUCUUCUGCCUUAUAUGGAUUGUCGCCAUUGCUAUUGUGAAGGUCAUUCAAGCCAAAGGGAACAUUUUUCAGCGCAUGGCAAGCUGUUGUAGACCAACUGAAAACUGGGGACCUGCCCUGGUGAAGAAUCGUGGAGAGAGGUACAAAGAUAUGAAGGAUGGCAAAGUCAAGGAGGAGGACAAAGGAGUAGAAAUUCCAGAUAUUAAAGGAUUUGAUAAUGUUUCAUUUCAAAGAGACUGAGAAUGAGAUACCUCAUUUGUAGAAACCUUGCCUAUCAAUGAU